AUGGAGGAAUGGGAUACGUUGGAGAGAUCAGAGAAGGAUGGUUCACCGAUGUUUGCAGAAUACUUUCGAGCACAAAAGUUGGAAGAUAUGCAGACCAGGAUGGCAAGGUAUAUGAUGAAAGGCCUUGGCUUAGGCGACAAGCCCUACCAGCAAAACAUUCCUGGGUCCAUUAAUGACAUGUUGAAGGAUUGGUCUAAUUUCGUUCCACAAGAUAUGAACAAGUUCAUCGUCAAUGUAUACGACUUUGUGGAAUCCUUCGAUCAGGAAGAGGAACUUGACUGGUUCCAGCUAUCUGACAAGUGGGAAGUUUGUGCACAGUUUCAACACUACCUAAAGUAUCUAGUAAAAGCCACGGAGAAAUGACCCCUGAAGAAAGGAAGGGUUUUAUGCAGGACGUGGACAAAGUGUGUCCAGACCCGGGGGCUUACAAGCGGCGUCACUCAUUCCAGUUCAGAGCUGCUUCAUGUACCACCACUUCAGGUGAGAGCGCAUCAAAUCAGUUUUCUGCGACAUCAGUGAGCUUGCCCCACUUGAUGGCCUGUUCUCUAAGGAGGAACAGGCAAGUCUGCUUGAAAAAGCGAAGAGCAUCCUGCACAAUGCGAAAUUUCGUGAGGGUUUCCAGGAAGGAGUUUUCUUUGUAG